CUUCCAAGUUGUUUACAUGUAAGUGGGUGAAAGGUUACGGGAUCGGAGCCCGGUCCAGUCAAAUCCAAAUAAAGAUGCAGUAACACUGCACUCGGUCCACCCUGCAAUAACAACAACUGUAACACAUCUGGAGGUCAUCACCAGUCGUGCUUCUUGGUUUUAUGGUGUCUUUUCUCCUCGCGGAUCGUCAGGUGUAAUAAUAAUGGAUAAUCAGGCGUUUGAAUCCAUGGCUGAACGAACCUUCCAGUAUCAGUCCACGCUGCCACCGCUGCCCGUACCAUCCCUGGAGGAAAGUCUCAACAAAUACCUGGACGCAGUGAAGCCGUUUGCUUCUGAGCACGAGUUUCGUAACACAGCCGCCAUCGUGAAACGCUUCGCCAAGGGAAUCGGGCAACAUCUUCACCAGCGACUCUUACAGCGAGCCAAGAGCAGGCGCAACUGGCUGGAGGACUGGUGGCUGGACACGGCGUAUUUGGAAGUUCGAGUGCCGUCUCAGCUUUUGGUGAAUUUCGGAGGUCCGGGACCGUACCUGGAGCACUGCUGGCCGCCGUGUGAGGGGACGCAGUUGGAGAGGACCAGUUUUGGGACGUGGCUAACACUUCAGUACUGGGACCUCAUUCGCACGGAGAAGUUGGCCGUUCAUAAAGCAGGGAACAUGCCCUUUGACAUGGAUCAGUUACGCAUGCUCUUCUGUACCUGCAAAGUACCUGGGAUUAACAAGGACCGCAUUCUCAACUACUUCAAGACAGAAAGCGAAGGCCCGUGUCCCUCUCACCUCGUAGUGAUGUGUCGUGGAAGAAUCUUCACCUUCGACGCUCUCUGUGAUGGCCGUAUCCUCACUCCUCCUGAAUUACUGAGGCAGCUGACAUACAUUAAAGAGAGCUGUGAUGGAGAGGUGCGGGGCGACGGAGUGGCUGCUUUGACCACUGAAGAGAGGACGAAAUGGGCAAAGGCACGAGAGCAUCUGAUCUCCAUCGAUCCUGCCAAUAAGACCAUACUGGAGACCAUCCAGAGCUCGCUGUUUGUUAUCGCACUGGACGAUGCCAAGCCAUAUUCAACCCCGGAAAAUUACAGCACAAUGAUCCUGUUGGCUCUGACGGGAGACCCUACCAUCCGCUGGGGUGAUAAAUCCUACAACUUUAUCAGCUUCGCCAACGGCACCUUCGCCUCAAACUGUGAUCACGCACCCUAUGACGCCAUGGUCUUGGUGUCUCUGUGUUACUACAUGGACCAAAAAGUGAAGGCCGUCGGUGGAAAAUGGAAGGGUUCAGAAGUGGUUCGAGACCUUCCUGAUCCAGAAGAGCUUGUGUUCAGUGUAGAUGAAAAAGUCAGAAGAGACAUUAAACUGGCUAAAGAGCAAUACAGCAAAAGUUCUCAGGACCUGCAGGUCGUCUCUUAUGCCUUCACCGCUUUUGGGAAAGCGGCGAUCAAGAAGAACAAACUUCACCCUGAUACAUUCGUACAGCUGGCCAUGCAGUUAGCGUACUACAGGCAGCAUGGAAAACCUGGGAGCUGUUAUGAAACCGCCACCACACGCCGUUUCUACCACGGCCGCACAGAGACUAUGAGGCCAUGCACGAUGGAAGCCCUAGACUGGUGCAAAGUCAUGCUGAAUCCUUCAGCAACAACUGAAGAGAAAAGACAAGCGUUGCUUCGUGCUUUCAACAAACACAACAAGCUGAUGGAUGAAGCUCAGAAAGGAAAAGGCUUUGACAGACAUCUUUUGGGCCUGUACCUUAUCGCCAAGGAGGAAGGACUUCCUGUUCCUGAGCUUUACUCAGAUCCUCUCUAUAUUAAGAGUGGUGGAGGAGGGAAUUUCGUCCUUUCCUCCAGCCUUGUCGGCUACACGACCGUCCUGGGGGGCGUCGCUCCCAUGGUGCACCAUGGCUAUGGCUUUUUCUACCGUAUCCGUGACGACAGGAUCGUUGCUGCCUGUACAGCCUGGAAAUCCUGCCCGGAGACAGACGCUGAGACGUUCUUUCAGAACCUGUGCACGUCCUUCCAUGAUAUCAUGCGGGUCUCGACCCUGUCCCACCUGUAGAGCGAAGCUGUCUGGGAAAUGGAGUCCUUUUUAGUAUGGUUUUAACUUUAUGCAGGCAGGCUAGCAGUGAUGACAGUGCCUUUAGCUGUAUUAUACCUCAGGCUUUUACACGAUUUAGAUUCAUACCUAAAUGAUUCGAUGUCUGAUUCUGUAAUAUCUGAUUCUACAAAUAUAUGAUAUGAUUCAGUUUAUUAGCCUUUCAUCGAUAUGCGACCAAUUUUGCUCAGCGUUCAUUUGCCUAGCAUUAAUUCCCUAGUAUUAAUUACAUAGAAUAGGAUACACAGCAAUUUAACGAUCAUUUCAUCGAUUUAUGAUCAUUUCAUCGAUUUAUUUAAUUUGCUGCUUUUCACGAUCCAAAUCCUCAAGGAGGUGACCAAAGGCACUUAAAUUUUUCCUAUUUUGGUCCUUAGGUGAUUUGUGAUGAGCACUGUGGAUAGCUUGCAAAACAAAUGGAUUAUUCAGAUUUUGUUUAGUUUUACCUUAAAAAAUUCUGUAGUUUCGAUUUGGUUGCUUGAAUAAAUCUCUGCAUAUGUUACAGAUCGAGAAGAUUUACUAUCUUCUUCUUCUUCUUUCGGCUUUUCCCUUCAGGGGUGUCCACAGCGAAUCAUCUCUCUCCACCUAUCCCUAUCUUCUACAUCCUCAACACUUACACCCACUAGCUUCAUAUCCUCAUUUAUCACAUCCAUAUACCUCCUCUUUGGCCUUCCUCUUUUCCUCCUGCCUGGCAGCUCCAUGUCCAACAUUCUCCGACCAAUAUACUCACUCUCCCUCCUCUGGACAUGUCCAAACCAUCUAGAGCUUUAAAUAAAACAGUUCACGUUCUCUUACUGUAGUUUACCGAACAUAAAUGUAGAGAGUAAUGCAGAGAAGGUUUAGUAAAUUAAUAUAACCCUAACCCUAACCCUGGUUUAGUAAGUUAAUAGAAUUGCUAAAAAUCAAAGGUGAACUGAGUGAAAUUUAGAUUAUUUUAGUCUUGAAAUGACUUAGAAUGCAAUGUCACUGUAAAUGUAGUUGUUAUCAGUGUCGUUUAUUAUCCCUAGGAUCCACAACAUACGUGAAGUUGAUCAGACUUCUACCUUGAUUAAGGAUUCUGACUAAAAAACAUUUGUUUUUAAACAAAAAAGGAAAUAGGAUUGUAAAAGUCCAGUGUGAACGCUCUUUAUCAACCCGUAGUUAGUUUAAAGAGCAACACGCAACUCGGUUUGUCGUCACACGAGACUGAAGCUUGUGAAUUUAAUAAAAUGUACAGAAUGAAAAUUAACCACUAGCACGACCACACGCCUCUUUCACAUCCUCUAUAUUUCCCCUUUGGUGAAAAAAACCAACAACUAUAAGGUUAAACCGGAAAUAUUGCUAUGUGCUAUGGUUGUUAAUUAUCUAAUGUGUUAUUGUGAAAGAGCUCUCUCUCUCUCUCUCUUUCUUUUCCUCUUUCUCCUCUCCUUAAUCUUCUUCCUCUUCCAUAUUUCUCUCUUUCUUUCUGUCUUUUCUGUUCUCUCUUUGUAUUCUUCUUCCUCUUCUUCUUCUUCCCCUUCAUAUGUCUCUCUCUUUUUGUCUUUCGUUCCCUCUCUCUCCUCUCCUUCAUCUUCUUCUCUCUCUCGCUCUCUCUCUUUCUUUUCCUCUUCCUCCUCUCCUUAAUCUUCUUCUUCUUCCAUAUCUCUCUCUCUCUCGUUCCUUUUCUAUCUUUAUCUUCUUUUUCCUCUUCCCCUUCAUAUUUCUCUCUCUCUCUUUCUUUCCCUCUCUCUCCUCUCCAUCUUCUUCUUUCUCUCUCUCUCCCUUUCUUUCUUUCCCUCUCUUUCCUCUCCUUUAUCUCUCUCUCUCUCUCUCUCUCUCGCUCUCCUUGCUUUCAACUUCUUCUUCAUAUCUCUCUCUCGUACUUUUUUCCUUCUGUCUCCUCUCCUUCGUCUUCUUUCUCUUCUUCUUUUUCAUAUCUCUCUCUCUGUCUCUCUCCAGACAGACAGUUCAGUGUUCAGCUCAUUACUCGGCAUUACGUUACAGAUUUAAACUUAACCCACAGCUGCUUUAGAGAAGGUGGAGGAGAUUACACAGAAAAUGCAACACUGAUAUAUAUAUAUACUGUAUGUAUAUAACAUGACAAACAUCAAUGCAAAUGAACAAAAACAAUGCAAUCAUUCACACUUUAUUUCAUUUCUAUAUAUAUAUAUAUAUAUAUAUAUAUAUAUAUAUAUAUAUAUAUAUAUUUUUUUUUUUACUGUUUUCCUCAUUGUAAUAUUAAUCACAAGUGAAAUACUCUUUAUUCAAUCUGUUUCUUGAGUACUAUAUCAAGAGUAAACUGUUUAUGUUUGUUUUAUUUCUGUAUUACAAUUAUUAACCUCUCGAAGCUAAUGUGAAGCCUGGACUUUUAUCUGCAUUUAACUUGAUUGUUGUCUGAAUAAUAAGCAUGUAUGCGUCAAAAGACUUUACUGAAUAGGAAGGAACGUAUCAGCAAAUACUUCAUGUAUAAGCUAAAAAAAUAAAGCUGGAGCUAUAAAAGUUCAAGUUAAAAAGAUAUCGUAAACUUCACCCUCCUCAUUGAGAAGCUAUACUAUGAUGGAAAUUGGCAGGUGACCAAAAAAAGGGCAGAAAAUGAGAUGAUCAUUAAGCACUUAUUAGUAUAUAGUAGUAGCACAAAGUAAUCAUUCCCAAAGCUCUGUGUUUGAUGAUUCUAUGCACCGAAAUAACUCGACGUCGAUUUCUGUUUAACAAUGUGUACUUUCUUUAAGCAUUGUUCUGUGCCCGAAAGCAGGUUUUAGGACCCUGUAACCUAUUCGUGCUUCCUGUAUGAUUUUACUGAUUGUAGACACAUCAAUGACCGAAAAUAAAGCUGUAAACGAA